AUGGCGCGCGAAGUCCUGUUCCCGCAACUGAUUGAGGCGACGCGGCCAUACUGUAUCAAAUAUGGUGUACCAACGAUGGCGCCACACGUGCCCACGAUCUUGCUCUCACUUUCCGCGUGGGUGACGAUCCAGUUGGCGUCGUCGGCUCUGUCGCCUCUCAUCUUCAAGCAGAGCUUCGCCAAGAUGAACAGGCGCACACGCAUUAACUGGGACAUCCACGUCGUCUCGUUCGUGCAUGCUAGCAUCGUCACGCCCGCUGCGGCGGCGAUCUGGUGGAAGAUCAGACAGCAGGGCGGCUUGGAGGCCAAGGUGCACCCGCUCGCGGCGAACAGGACAUACGGGUACGACUAUGAGACGGGCCAGGUGUACGCCAUUGCUUUGGGCUACUUUAUCUGGGACACUGUCAUUUCGCUUCUGUACGAGGGCCCUGCAUUCAUCGCACAUGGCGUCGUUUGCUUUAUCGCCUUCGCGUUGGCUUACUCGCCCGUCUUCAUGUACGAUGGCCUUGGUUUCCUGAUGUGGGAAGCUUCUACCCCGUUCUUGAACAUCCAUUGGUUCUUGGACAAACUCAGCAUGACUGGAUCGCUGGCGCAGCUGAUCAAUGCAGUCUUCCUACUUGGCGCGUAUGUCUCCGUGAGAUUGGUGUUUGGAGUUUACAAUUCCUUUUCCUGGUUCAAGCUGGCCAACUUCCCCGAUGUCCCCCAAAAUCCGCCACUGCCGAUGCACAUUCGCGCUUUCUAUUCGGUCGGAAAUCUGACCUUGAACUCCCUCAACUUUAUCUGGUUCCGAGCGAUGAUCCGUGCCGUGUUGAAGCGCUUCCAAACCAAGCCGCAUGCGAAGGAGAAGCUCGACGCGCAGAAGAUUGAGAAAUUUGUUGUGCAGGGGAAUGGGGACGAGGAGUUCGAGGAGGAGGCGGGAAUCCGCAGGCGAACGACAAAGAAAUAG